AUGGCAUCUGAGUCCCCCCGCUUUCCUGCUGGAGUCCGCAUUCACAAAGAUGUGUAUCCUACCAUCGAUCCGACGCAUGCCUUCGCCUCUCAGUCAUACGCCGGCAAGGUCGUUCUUGUCACAGGUGCGAGCGGCGGAUUAGGCUCCAAGAUAGCGCAGUUCUAUGCGCGGGCUGGCGCAUCAGUCGCACUGGUUGCACGGGACACAGACAAGCUCGAGGAGGUCAUUACGGGCGUACCGGGAGCGGGAGUGCGGAUGUUGGCACUCUUUGCAGAUGUAACGGACUUCCGCGCUGCCGAAGCGGCCGUGAAACAGACGGUGGAGAAGUUUGGGAAGCUCGAUAUCCUCGUAGCGAAUGCAGGCGUUAUAACGUCCUAUGCCAAGAAUAUCCUUGAGAAAGACCCUGACGUCUACUGGAAGACCUUCGAGGUCAACGUGAAGGGUGUAUUCUCUUUCAUACGUGCUUCUCUUCCAGAAUUGCAGAAAACAAAGGGUCGAGUCGUUGCCGUGUCUGCUGGACUCGCGUACAUGAACGUCCCAAACAAUAGCGACUAUGCAAUCUCUAAGUUGGCGGUGAACCGUCUGGUCGAGUUCAUUCCUGUUGAGUUUCCGUCGGUGUUUGCUAUCGCACUUCAUCCCGGCGUCGUCGAGACGAAAAUGACCACGACCGUAGACCGUCCUGCUUCUCUACCCGCCACCAGGACAGGCUUUGAUACGCCAGAGCUCUCCGCGGCCACCAUACUGUAUCUCACCCUCGGGGAGGGUGCGAAGUGGCUGAAUGGGAGAUAUUACUCUGCCAAUUGGGAUAUCAGCGACGUAGAGAAUCUGUGGAAGGAGAAGAUCAUUGCUGGGAAUGCCCUUGUGACACAGCUCGGGGCACCGGUGUGA